AUGGACGCCAGUCAGGACCACCCCGCGGAGACUCCGCAAGAGGAGACCAGCGCUCCUACAUCCCCCAACCCUCCCAGCGUGGAGCCGACGGCGCCGCCAGCAGCCGACUCACCGGAGCAGCCCACUCAUCAUGCCUCAAUGCCGGCUCUGCGAAACACCCGAACGCCAUCCGCCGGCAUCACACCGUCGUCCACCCACCUGGGUCAGAUCAAUGCGGCGCGGCGCGGCGCGGGGACCCCGCCGCGCCUGCAGCAGGCAUCCAUGAGCUCCCAAGCGGCUGGGGGGUUGAAUCAGGACAUCAUGGCCAAGAUGAGGGCGUUCUCUUUGUCCAGGCAAGGUGUCCCCCUUGCGCAUGCGGCAUCCGCGGACGCCAUCCCCACCUCUCAUGACAACGGCGCCGGCGGUCCGCUCGCCGGCCGCAUGCCGGGUGCCAUGCGUCCUAAUAACAAGAAUUGGGCUUCGUCGCCUGUGAUCUCGGGCGCUGCUUCCUCGCCCGGAUCGCCGCGACCCGGCGGUCUGGCGGCCAAACGCAUGAAGCCCGGGCUCAAGUUGUCCGACGUCACAGGUGGAGCCACCCCAGCGCCCACGCCGAAUGGCGCGGAACCGACUCCAGAGCCGAGUCAGAACGGAGAGUCGGCCUUUAGCAAGUAUUCAGAAUUCAUUGACACGAAAGCCGGAACGUUGAAUUUCAAGAACAAGGCCAUUCUUCAUGGCGGAGGUGUCGAGUUCUCCUCCGGCCAUAGUUUCAAGAUCUCCUUGGACGAGGUGGACCGAUUGGACGAGCUGGGCAAGGGCAAUUACGGCACCGUGUACAAGGUUCGCCAUAGUCGCCCGCACCUUCGUAAACCGGGACAGGGACUGGGUGGAAUCGUGAGUCGACCGACGGAGCAGCCGGACGUGUCACCGAGUAACGGAUCGCAAACCAAUCUGUCGGGUGUGAUCAUGGCCAUGAAGGAGAUCCGCCUGGAAUUGGACGAGGCCAAGUUUGCACAAAUCAUCAUGGAGUUGGAUAUCUUGCAUCGAUGUGUCUCGCCCUUUAUCAUUGAUUUCUACGGUGCAUUCUUCCAAGAAGGUGCCGUUUAUAUGUGCGUGGAAUAUAUGGAUGGAGGAUCGAUCGACAAGAUCUACGAAGGGGGAGUCUCGGAGAACAUCCUGCGCAAAGUGACGCUCUCCACGAUCAUGGGACUGAAGUCGCUGAAGGAUGACCACAACAUCAUCCACCGUGACGUGAAGCCAACUAAUAUCCUGGUGAACACCAAGGGUCAGGUCAAGAUUUGUGACUUUGGCGUCAGCGGAAACCUUGUGGCCAGUAUUGCCAAGACGAACAUCGGAUGUCAGAGCUACAUGGCUCCCGAACGAAUUGCGGGAGGCGGCAUGCAGCAGUCGGGUGCUCCAAGUGCGGGAACCUAUAGCGUGCAAAGCGAUAUCUGGAGUCUAGGCCAACUUCAUGCGAUUGUUCACGGCGAUCCUCCUACCUUACCCGCAGAGGGAUUCUCGGAGGAGGCUCACGCCUUUGUCGGCGCGUGUCUUGAUAAGAUCCCCAAGAACCGACCCAGCUACAACAUGCUCCUCCGCCAUCCCUGGUUGUCGCCACUCAUGCAGCCCCCGACCGAGUCUGCGAGCGAAGACAUCGCAUCAGAGCCAUCCGAAUCGCCCACGCGCCUCUCACCACCGUCCAACCUGACCGAGGACAAGGAAGUCGCUGAAUGGGUCAUCAAGCAACUUGCGCGUCGCAACGGUGGCGAGCUGCAAAUUUCAGAGAAACCUGCCCUGCAUGCCGUGGCCCUGGACAAGGUGGCCACGAGCCCCCUUCAUGAUGAUGCAGCGGCUCUUUCCGGGCAGACCGAGUAA